AUGACCAUGGGUGAUGCCCAUACGGUCAACGCCAACAAGGCCUACUUCAACAAACUCGCCGCUGAGUACGACACUAGGUACGAAAAGACAACCUUGCAGCUCGAGAGGGAGAUUCGAAAACGCAAGGAUUUCAUCGGCGCGAAUUGGGUCGUUGAUGAGGACGAGGACGAGGACGAAGACGGUAAUGACGAUGACAGCGAAGACGGUCCUGCAACUGCGCAAGCGCCGCCGCCGCCGCCGGGUGCCGACACCAAGCGUGUGAGACUCCUCGACUACGCCUGUGGAACCGGCUUGAUAUCGAGAGCUCUUGCGCAGUUCACGACGCAUUGCGUCGGCAUUGACAUCUCGGAGAACAUGGUGGCAGCUUACAACGCGCGGGCCGAGAACCAGGCUCGCACGUUCACUAUGGACACACCGUCAUAG